UCCCAACGCUAGAUGACUCGAUUUCGUCCAGGUCUUCCCCAGGGCUGGGCAGAGGCACCAGGAUCAGAGAGACACAUUCCCUGCGGACGGCGCUCCCAUCGGAUGACUGGAGGGACUGGACACCAGACGCAGGCAGUACUUCAGAGUGACCAUAAGUCUCACAAACAUCCGCAACGGCUCGCUCUCCCAGCUAACGCGACAGCGCUGCCAUUUUGGCUGUUCAACCGCGCGAAGCCGGCGUUCGCAGAUUUUCGGACGUCAUAUUAAAGCGCACCGGGCGCGCAGACUUCUGGGAGAUGAAGUCCUUGCGAAGGCAGCGCGUUGAUUGGGAGCGCGGGCGCCGGGACCCUUUGCGCAGGCGCGUUGCUUACCGACCUGAAGAGGCGUCGUCUUCCCGGGUCCCGAGCACUCUGUGCCGGAGGACUCUGCCCUUGUCUACAAGGACAGCACACAGGAAAGAAUGGCUGCUGUGUCUCCGACCACCAGAUGCCAGGAAUCAGUGACAUUCGAAGACGUGGCUGUGGUUUUCACAGAUGAAGAGUGGAGUCAUCUGGUCCCCAUACAGAGGGACCUCUACAAGGAGGUGAUGCUGGAGAACUAUAACAGCAUCGUGUCAUUGGGCCUUCCAGUUCCUCAACCUGAUGUGAUUUUCCAAUUGAAGAGAGGGGACAAGCCACGGGUAGUAGAUCUGCAUGGGUCUGAGGAGAGAGAACGGCCAGAGAGUGUCUCUCCAGACUGGGAAACCAAGCCUGAGAUUCAUGAUGCUUCAGACGAAAAAUCAGAAGGAUCACUGAGGGAAUGCCUUGGAAGGCAAAGUCCUCUGUGUCCUAAAUUUGAAGUUUAUGCACCCGAUGGCAGGGUGGGAACAGAAAAGCAAAGCCCUUCAGGGGAGACUCAUAAGAAAUCUCUUUUCCGGGAGAAAGGCAUGCGGCGAGGGUCAGCCCUGCCCAGGGAAGUUCUCACUAAAGAGAGACACCAGGAAUGCAGUGACUGUGGGAAGACCUUUUUUGACCACUCAUCCCUCACCCGCCACCGGAGGACUCACACUGGGGAGAAGCCCUACGGCUGCCGUGAGUGUGGGAAAGCCUUCAGCCACAGGAGCAGCCUCAGCAGACACCUGAUGUCACACACCGGGGAGAGUCCCUACGAGUGCGGCGUGUGCGCAAAAGCCUUCUUCGACCGCGCGUCCCUCACUGUCCACCAGCGAAUUCACACUGGGGAGAAGCCCUUUCAGUGCAGCCAGUGUGGGAAGGCCUUUUUUGACCGCUCGUCCCUCACUCGACACCAUAGAAUUCACACUGGAGAAAGUCCUUAUGAGUGUCAUGAGUGUGGGAAAGCCUUCAGCCAGAAAAGCAUUCUUACUCGCCAUCAGCUAAUCCACACCGGCAGGAAGCCGUACGAGUGUAACGAGUGCGGGAAAGCGUUCUAUGGGGUCUCAUCACUGAACAGACAUCAGAAGGCUCACGCCGGGGACCCGCGCUAUCAGUGUAACGAGUGUGGCAAAGCUUUCUUUGAUCGCUCGUCCCUUACGCAGCAUCAGAAGAUCCACACUGGAGACAAGCCAUAUGAAUGCAGCGAGUGUGGGAAAGCCUUCAGCCAGCGGUGCCGGCUCACGCGGCAUCAGCGCGUCCACACAGGAGAGAAGCCCUUUGAAUGCAGCGUGUGUGGGAAAGUGUUCAGUUCAAAAUCUUCCGUUAUUCAGCAUCAGCGGCGUUACGCCAAGCAGGGAAUAGACUGAGUUGGGCGAAAGCUUGGGCGGGACAAGGACUUCCACAAAUUCGAGAUAGGUCUCCCCUAUCUUAAACAAAGCUGCCGUUUGCUCAUUCUACCCACCCUGGCUGCCACUGUCCUGGCCUGCUUAUGCACCAGAGUGUUCAAUAGGCACUCCCUUCCUGCUGUGUUACAGAACUGUAGGCAGGCCAUGGAGAUGACUCCCUUCCUGCUGUGUUACAGAACUGUAGGGAGGCCGUGGAAAUGACUCUAAAGAUACAAAAGUUUGAAGAGGUUUGUCAGACAAUAGGAUAGAUGUUAGGAGGAGACACAUCUCUUAUCUGAGAACCUAGGCCCCAGGUAUCACUGCACUUUAAGUAACUGGUGGCUGCAGCAGGAGGGAAAGGCAGAAUGAUACCAGAGCAGUACGAUUUUUUUUCAGAACGGUUGUUUUGAUGGCUGUUUUAGUCCCCCUGUCUUGGAGCUUUUGGGGCCCUAAUCUUGUUCUCUUGUGUCCCAGCUUUUAGAUCUCUUACUUCUACUGCUAGCAGCUGGCACUUACUGAGCGCUUACAAUGAGGUAAACACUCAGCUAAGGGUUUUACAGGAAGUAGAUUAAUUGAUCCUGUCGCCAACCCUAUGAAGUAGGCACUGUUACCAUCUGCAUCUCCAGAUGAGCACCCUGAGGGUUAGAGAUUAAAUCACUUGCCCAAGGUGACCUAGCUGGUAAAAGGUGAUGCCAGGUCUUGAAGACAGGCCCACCUUCAAAGUCUAUUCUCUUUACCAUUUAUGCUCGACAGUUUGUUUUAUAAUUUAUGUAUAUGUAUUAUCCUCUCAACUAGAUUGUAAGCACUUGGAGGUGUGACUUAAGGUCUUUGUAUCUCACACAGUGCCUUGCUAAUGGGUGCUCAAUAAAUAUUUAUAUGAGUGAA